AUGGCGGAGGAGGUGCCCAUCCCGGAGCCCCGGGCUUUCCCCUUUUUGGGACAUGUUAUGGAAUUCACACAAGAAAGCGGUCUACAGGAUAUCGUACGUCUCGCAGACGCAUUGGGUGACAUCUAUAGGCUGCGCGUACCGGGAAAGACCAAUGUUAUCGUCACCUCUCAGCGCCUAGUCAACGAGGUAUGCGACGAGAAGCGCUUUGUAAAGUCACUGAACAACGUCCUCGGUCAAGUGAGAUUCAUCACCAACGAUGGACUCUUCACCGUGAGUACUGGCCGUCUUCGAAGAUUUAAACUCAAUGCUGACAGUCAAAAGGCAAAAGAUGGCGAGCCCAACUGGGGCAUCGCGCACAGAAUUCUCAUCCCAGCCUUUGGCCCCGUCACCAUCCGCGGCAUGUUUGACGAAAUGUAUGAAAUUGCCUCCCAGAUGACGCUGAAGUGGGCUCGCCACGGCCCUUUGACGACUAUAAUGGCGACCGAAGACUUCACGCGUCUGACUCUUGACACUCUCGCUCUCUGCGCGAUGGAUUAUCGGUUCAACUCGUAUUACCGUGAGGAGUUGCAUCCCUUCAUCAAAGCGAUGGGCGAUUCUCUCACGGAAUGCGGAAAUCGUGACCUACGACCCGCGUUUGCAAGCUGGAUUUUCCGGGCCUCGGAGAAGAAGUUCUUUGAGGACAUUGACAUUUUGCGGAAAACGGCUGCUGAGGUGCUAGAGACCCGUAAGAAAGCCCCUUCGAGUCGGCGAGAUUUGCUGGGCGCCAUGCUUGACGGUGUCGAUCCUCAAACGGGCCAGAAGAUGACGGACGAGAGUAUCAUCGACAACUUGAUAACCUUCCUUAUUGCUGGUCAUGAGACGACUUCAGGUCUGCUGUCGUUUGGGUUCUACCAGCUGUUGAAGAAACCAGCUACAUAUUUCAAGGCUCAGCAGGAAGUUGAUGAAGUCAUUGGCCGAGAUCCCAUUACGAUUGACCACUUGGCCAAGCUGCCUUACUUGAACGGGGUUCUCCGAGAAACUCUACGACUCUCGCCCGGCAUUCCCGGUUUCGGUGUCGAAGCCAGGGAGGACACUUUCCUGGCAGGAAAGUACUUUAUCAAGAAAGGCGAACCUAUCGGCUGUAUGAUUGCCAAGGCACACCUGGAUCCAGACGUGUACGGAGAGGAUGCCAAGGAAUUCAAGCCAGAGCGCAUGAUGGAUCAAAACUUUGAGCGUCUGCAAAAAGAGUUCCCCAACUGCUGGAAGCCCUUUGGCAACGGUACGAGAGCCUGUAUCGGUCGACCCUUCGCGUGGCAAGAGGCUUUGCUUGCUACAGCCAUGUUACUCCAAAACUUUGAUUUGACCAUGGACGACCCCAGCUACGAGCUAAAGAUUGCGGACUCGCUUACGAUCAAACCAAAAGGAUUUCAUAUGCGGGCGGCCCUUCGCCACGGCAUGUCUCCUACAGAACUAGAACAUCAGCUAGCCGGUAAGGGGGUACCGAGAACGCCUUCUGCUUCCCGGGAACGACUGCAGGCACAGACGAAUGGUAUCAAAAGCAAAGAUCAGAAGACAAAUGGGCACAAACCUGAAGCCGGCGGCCAUGCUUUGAGCAUAUACUACGGCUCCAACAGCGGAACUUGCGAGGCUCUUGCUCGGCGUCUCGCAACUGACGCAGCAUACCACGGAUUCGAGGCCGAAAUUGUGGACAUACUCGACGCUGCUGCAGAGAACCUCCCAAAGAAUCGACCGGUGGUGAUCAUCACCGCCUCAUACGAGGGCCAGCCGCCCGGAAACGCGACUCGGUUCGUCGCUUGGCUAAAGAGCCUGAAAGGCAAGGAACUCGAAAAUGUCCCGUAUGCCGUGUUUGGAUGCGGCCAUCAUGACUGGGUUCAAACUUUCCACAAGGUCCCAAAGCUGAUAGACGACACAAUGGAGAAGCGCGGCGCCACGCGGCUUGUAGCUAUGGGGUUAACCGACGCCGCGGAACGCGACAUGUUUAGUGAUUUCGAGUCCUGGGAGGACGAGGUCUUAUGGCCUGCGCUGGUGGACAAGUUUGAAAUCUCUGAAGCGCGGAGCGGUGGUGGGAUGCAGGCAGGACUCUCUGUGCAGGUUUCGAGCCCUCGUAUCUCAACCUUGAAACAGGAUGUCGAGGAGGCCGUUGUUGUGGAGGAAACCGUUCUUACGACGGCUGAAGCGGUGCCGAAGAAGCAUAUGGAUAUCCAACUGCCAUCAAACAUGACUUACCGGGCGGGAGAUUACCUGGCGGUGUUACCCCUAAAUCCAAGAGCGAACGUGGACAGGGUUUUUAGGAGGUUCAGGCUGGCGUGGGAUGCGUGCCUGACAAUCUCUGGAGACAAAAGAAUGCCGCUGCCGGUCGACCAGGCUGUACCUGCUUCUGAUAUCUUCAGCUCGUACGUCGAGCUCGCGCAGCCCGCGACGAAGAGAAAUGUUUCCUCGCUGGCGGAGGCAGCGCAGGACGACGCCACUACAAAAGAGCUGUCGAAACUUUCAAGCGAUGAACACUUCCAUGAGGAAAUCACCAAGAAACGCGUCACCGUGUUGGACCUCCUAGAGCGAUUCCCGGCCGUUGAUCUGCCCAUCGGCGCUUUCCUAGCUAUGCUGCCACCCAUGCGCGUACGACAAUACUCUAUUUCCUCCUCACCGUUUCUUGACCGCUCACAAGCAACACUAACAUACACUCUCCUCGACUUACUCUCGCUCUCUGGGCAAGGCCGCCACGUCGGCGUUGCAACAAGCUAUCUUCAGGCCCUGAAAAAGGGCGACAAGUUACAAGUCGCCGUCCGACCUUCUCACCCGGCCUUCCACCUCCCUGACGGACCCGAAAAGACGCCCAUUAUUCUCGUCGCAGCGGGAUCCGGCAUAGCGCCCUUCCGGGGGUUCAUACAAGAACGAGCGGCGAUGAUUGCAGCAGGUCGCAGCCUCGCGCCGGCGCUCGUCUUCUUCGGGUGCAGGAAGCCGGACGCGGAUGAUUUGUACAGAGAGGAGUUUGAUAGGUGGGAGAAGAUGGGCGCUGCGAGCGUCCGAAGAGCGUAUUCCCGCCGUUCUGACAGGAGUAAGGGGUGUAAGUACGUCCAGGACCGGUUGUGGCAUGACAGGAAGGAUGUCGCCGAGUUGUGGGCCAAGGGGGCCAAGUUGUAUAUUUGCGGGACGAGGAAUGUCGGCAAGGCGGUUGAGGAGGCCUGCUUGAAGGUCAUCAUGGAGAGUGCCAAAGAAGGGGACGAGGUGAAGGGUCUGGAUUAUGAGGGGGCGAAGAAGUGGUUUGAGGGCGUCAGGAAUGAGAGGUAUGUUACUGAUGUGUUUGAUUAG